AUGCUUAUUGGUGAUGAUACAAGUGUUGUAGGUUUUACUAGCAGAAUAGCAAUUAGAUUGGGAGUUGGUGUCAAGGUACCAUUUUGGUUAAGCAAAUGGCUGGGGAAUAUCGAGUUGUACCGUGCCUACCCAAACCUGUUCCAGGAACUUGGCAGCCAAGAUAAGUGUGUGCAGGAGUUGGGUGCUUGGAACCAAAAUCAGUGGAUGUGGGGUGUGGUGGAUGAUGUGUCUGUUCUGAGCCAUCUAGCAAAGGAGGAAUGGUGUGAGUUGAGGCAGAUUCUUAUGGAUGUCGAACCAAAGAGGACUGAAUUAGACUGCUUUGUUUGGCCAUUAAAUGGUUCGGGAGUUUAUACUGUAAAGGAUUAUUAUAAUUGCUUGAUUAUGGAAAAUUCUGUAGGGGUGGAAGACUCGAGAACCAAAGAAGCAUGGGCUAUGGUUUGGAAAUCGUGGAUGCCGUCAAAGGUAAAAUUUUUUGCUUGGCGGUUACUCAAGGAUCGGCUUGCAACAAGGGCUCAGUUGGCUAAGAGAGGCAUCAUAGCAGAUGCUAACGAUUGCCUAUGUGUUUUCGGUUGCAAUGUGCUGGAGGAUAGGAACCAUCUGUUCAUUUCGUGCUUCCUAGCUGCAGGGGUGUGGCGAAAGAUUCAUCAAUGGCUCGGAUCUGAUUGUCAAUCAAAACCUGAUUGUUGUGAUGAUUUCAUACAGCUUGUGGGGGUGCUAAAGAAUAGGGCGUCUCCAAGGAGAGUGGGGGUAAUUUGGGUGGCGGUGUGCUGGUGCAUAUGGAAACACCGUAACGAAAUUGUAUUCAACAACGGCGUAUGCGAUGCAGAAGAAAUUAUUCAUAACAUAAAAAUGCAUUCCUGGUGGUGGUUAGCAAUAGGGAGCAAAAAGAAGGUUAAUUGUAAUUUCUUUGAAUGGUUUCAAUGUCCAUUAGAAUACUUGUAG